GAGAUGUUGGAAUGUCGAUGCCUCUCCUUUAAUAAUAGCUAACGUUUACUGAGCACGUCCCACGUUCAAGGCACUGUGCCGAACUCUUUAUUAACUAGAUCCUCAAAACAACUUUUAUGAGAUAGCUAUUAUUGUAAUGCUCAUUUUAUAGAUGAAGAGAAUGCAGCAGAGAGAGGUAAAAUAACCGAGCAGGGUCCCAUGGCUGGUAAGUAGCAAAGCCGGGGUUGGAACGUGGCAGGGUGACUGCACAGCCUUAACCACAGUGCUGUUUUGCCCACUCCUCUUUGCAUAAAGGUGUGCACAGGUUAGACCUGGAGACAGAUCCUGGAGAUGUUGAAUUGGCAGCUACGACCGACCAGAGGCCAUGGCAGCAGGUGCUUCUACACUGUUUAUUUCUGUACCUUUGCUUGCUGCAGACUAGGAGGAAGAAUGAGAAGGGGAAGGGAGGCAUUUGUCAACCUAGAAAGUGACUCUGGCAGUGUUCUCACUGACUACAUUGGAAAACGAAGCAUUUUAUGCUCACUAGGGGGUACCGAUAAGUUUUGAAUGAAGCCCUUUGGUCUAGAUAACUUAAGGUCCAUUGCAAUCUAGAGAUGAAGAAUUUCAUCAACAUAAGGGCUCAUCAGAAUCUUAUGAUUAUCUAGGUUUACCCCCAUUGAUUAUAUUUCUCCUAACUUCUAUUGACAGAAAGCUGUGAGGAAAUAAGUAUUUUGAAGGAUUAAAUUCCAAUCUGUAUCUCCAAGUUACAUUUAUUUAUUUAUUUAGAAUUUUUUUUUUUUAAUGUUUAUUGUUGAGCGCAAGCGUGAGCGGUGGAGGAACAGAGAGAGAGAGGGAGAUACAGAAUGUGAAGCAGGUUCCAGGCUCCCAGCUGUCGGCACAGAGCCCAACACGGGGCUCGAACUCAAAAACGGCGAGAUCACGACUUGAGCCGAAGUCAGCCGCUUGACCGACUGAGCCACCCAGGCGCCCCUCGAAGUUACAUCUAUAUCCAAGAGUUGACACAAUAGUUGCUUAGACUAAUUCGCUAAAUGGAACUCAUACAUAGGACCACAGAAUCCUUUCUUUACAGGCUUAGUUUCAGAGCUGGAGGAUAUUUAAAGGAUAAAUCAAUCCGUAAAUCUGUAGGUAUUACUAAAAGAAGAGUGGUGUGUCAGUCUUGGCAUCCGUACACGCUGAACCCUGCUGGGCUGUGGAGAAAGGAGAAACCUGAACAAGACAACACUACACAGCUGUUCAUGGCUUUCUUCCACCUGUUAGCACUCGGUGUCCAUUUCAUGGGUGGAAUCAUGGCAUGCAAGUGCAUUAAAUAAUUUUUAAAAACAACUGCUGAUUGCCGAUGGUCAGUGGGCAAAGCAGCAUUAGGAGCUGUCAUUUUCCUACCAACUGUUGCUUUCAUUAACAAGGACAAGAAACAUUGUGAAUGAAUACAAUUCUUACACCACGCCAGAAAAAAGAGCAGCUGAGCCCCCUCCCCAAGGAUUUUAUAUCCUGUCAUCAGACAACUAAAGAAAAUAAUUUCGUAUAAAUGGCUGCAUUAGUCAGUGUCAUAAUAUAAAAAGUCCUCCGUUAUUUUAAAGAGCAACUGGAAAUAUUUUCUCUUUGAAAAUAGAGUAGCCAAACUGCCCUACGAUCCAACAGUUGUACUACUAGAUAUUUACCCAAAGGAUACAAAAAUACUGAUUUGAAGGGACAGUGCAACCCGAUGUCUGUACCAGUACUAUCAGCAAUAGCCAAACUUUGUAAAGAGCCCAGGUGUCCAUCAACUGAUGAAUGGAUAGAGAAGAUGUGGUAUGUACAGUGGAAUAUUACUCAGCCGUCAAUCAGAGUGAAAUACCGCCAGUUGGAAUGAUGUGGAUGGAGCUAGAGUGUAUUAUGCUAAGCAAAGUAAGUCCACCAGAGAAAGACCAAUACCAUAUGAUUUCACUCAUAUGUGGAAUCUGGGACACAAAGCAGAUGAACAUAUUUGAAGGGGCAAAAAAAGAGGGAAGCAAACCGUAAGAGACUCUUAAUGAUAGAGAACUAACUGAAGGUUGAUGGAGGGAGGUGGAAGUGGGAUGGGCUAAGUAGGUAAUGGGUACUAAGGAAGACGCUUGUUGUGAUGAGCACUGGGUGUUUUACUUAAGUGAUGAAUCACUAAAUUGUACUCCAGAAACCAGUAUUACACUAAAUGUUAACUAACUAGAAUUUAAAUAAAAAUUUGGAAUAAGAAAAAAAGAGUAACCAUUUGAUAAACCAUAUAUAGCACUGAGGAUAUUUUUCAAUUAAAGAGAAUUUCUGUAGUAGCUCUCGUGUAAUCUGUUAUAGCCAAACUUAUGAAGAAAAUCAAGAUGUGGGAACGCUGUGGUCAUGUUUCAAGAUUGGAUUUUCCUUUUCCGUGUGAUCGCUCUAUCUAAAUUCCCAUUAACGUGAAUGUAAAUUUGCAUGUGUAAAAAUAUAUGUAUAUCCAAGUUAUCUCUUAGGAGAGGUUUAAUGUAGGUAUAAAUAGAAAUUCUUCCUUUAACCACAAAAAGAAAAAAAUUAGUAUUGAAUUCUGCCUUUUCUCACCUCUUCAUAUCCCAAACUAUCACCAUAUACUAUUAAUUGUACUUCCUAAAACUCUAUAUUCUUCUCUCCAGCCCCAUUGCCAUCUCUUUGAGGCAUGCUUUGGAUUCUAUCAGCAGUCUCUAUCCUCCUCUUCAGAUCCACCUUGACCACUGAAGUCCUCCAUCUGUGUGUGUAUGUGUGUGUGUGUUUGUGUUUUCCCUGCCCUUCACUGGCUUUUUAUUAAAUCCAAGUUCCUUAAUCAUGGCAAACAGGGCCCUGCCUCUAGGAGCUGGUCCUUGCUUACCCUCCUGCCUCGUUUCCUGCCACUUUCCCUCCUACCUGAAGAUCCAGCUUACCAGUAGUUCCCCAAUACCCACCCCAUACACACCACAAUAUGUAUACACCUUUAUCCCCAUACACACAUCGUUGAAAGUAUAAUUCCCUCUACCACACCUUUGUCACAUUCCAAGACCUGAAAUGAUCGAAACACAGAAAUUUCAUCCCCUAAUUGGGGCUGAACACAGACGACUUGAAUGCAAGUGAAAUCGCUAGUUUGUUAGUCUAGUUAUCUUACUGUGGUACAUGUGUUCUUGGAGCUUUGAGGCACUCCCCAGGUCGUGCCUCAGAGCUAAGGAAUUUCUUUCCAAAUUCCCUUCAGGAAUUGCCUUGUCCUCAACUUUGGACAACUGUGAAGGGGCUUUCCCCUUCCCCAUGGGGUCAGCUGAGGCUUAGAGAUUUCAUCAGCUUCUCCCUCUGCUGUAGCUCUUCCUUUCCAGGGGUCCUUUGGUUAAGAACAGUCCCUAAUAAAUUUCCUGGAAGCAAUCUCUGUCCGCUUGCUGCGGAGACCAACCUGUAACAUGUCUUGUUGAUACUUUUUUGUUCUAGAUCUUGUGAAGUCAUGGUUUGCUAAAAUCUUACUAAUUCAAGGUUGUUUCAUCAGAUGGGUAUUGAGCACCUGCUCCACACCAGGCAUUGUGCCACAUGCAGCGGAGACAAAUUAAGACUUGGCCUAUGCCCUGAGGAAGUUUGCAGUUCAACUGAGGUGACAGUUACGUUCAGAACUUAUAACAUCUUUAGAAUAAUCCUUUUUUGAUCUAAACUUUAAUAAUUUCAGUAUAAAAUCCAAGGUAUGCACUAUGGUGUUGCAAAGAACAAAAGGAAAGUAUUUCAGGAAAAUGAAAAGUAAAACAAGUAGAGCGAUCGUGGAUCUCCUUGAGCUCCUAUGUAUAAAGUACAUCGACUCGUCUGCUUGGUCCUCACAGUGCUCAAGUUUACCGAAGUUCUUCGGAACCGUCUUUGCUGCGCAGGCUUCCGGCCGAGAGGCCAGGGGUGGGGGUGGGGGGGGGGGACUGCUCCGGGAACUAGAUCCGCAGCCCCCCACCCCCACCCCUGCACACACACAGGUGCCAGGGCCGCCUGGCUGGGGCGUUGUCCGGAGGGCGCGGUUGGCACGUGGCUCCCUCCCCUCCCCACCCACCGCGGGCCUGGCCGCGCCGCCGGGAGUCCGGGACGUCACUUCCGGCGUGGCUGGGCAUGGUCUGUUGGGAGUUGGCCGUGGCGGCGGAAGCCCAAGGCCGGCCCGCCGGCCGCGGGGGGAGCCCGGGUAGUGUCCGCCGCCCCAACGCUCGACGCCCCUGGACGUCAUGGCUUCCCCGCUGAAGCUGGAGCAGGACGUGCGGGGGAAGGUGGAUUCGUUUCGGGCCCGCAUCGCGCAGGAGGCCGAGGAUCUGGUGUCCACCUUCUUCCCUCAGAAGCUGUCGGAGCUGGAUAGUCGGGUCCAGGAGCUGCGCCUGCAAGACCUGUCCAGAAUCCGUUCGGUGCCGGCCCCGGAGCCCCCCGCCGCCCCCGACACCGCGGGGGACGGGCCCAACCGGGACCCGCCGCCUCCGCAGACCCAGCCCUCGGUCAAAGUGCCGGCACUGCCGGGCGGCGAGGGACAGCUGCUGCGGAGCAACCAGCAUCUGGUGGAGCUGAUCGCGCGGGUGAAACCCGAGAUCGAGCUGCUGAGGGAGAAAUGCAACACGGUGCGCAUGUGGGUGCAGCUGCUCAUCCCGAAGGUGGAGGACGGCAACAACUUCGGAGUGUCCAUCCAGGAGGACACCGUGGACCAGCUGUGGACCGUGGAGAGCACGGCAGCCUCCUAUCUGCGCCGCUUCUCCACCUACUACAACACCAGGGCCAAGCUGGUGUCCAAGAUCGUGAAGUACCCCCAGGUGGAAGAUUAUCGCCGCACGGUAGCCGAGGUGGACGAAAACGAGUACCUGAGCGUGCGCCAGAUCCUGCUGCACGUGCGGAACCAGUACGCCACCCUGCAUGAUGUGAUCCUCAAAAACAUCGAGAAGAUCAAGACCCCUCGGAGCACCAACACUGACAACCUCUACUGAGGACCUGCCCCCACCCCUCUUUCCUUCAGGAGGUGGCCGAGCUGUUCGGGCAGCCGAAGGGGGUUAGAAAUGACACUGUAGGUGAUGGGCCGACUGGAAACGUGCCGGACCGUUCAGUGACGGUUUCGUACAGCUUAUCCUCCCACUGAAUACUUCCGGUGUAGUUUUUAUUUGCUUUUUCUUUCGCUGAGAGGAUGGGGACAAGCCAUCUGGUAGAAGGUGGUAGGGUUGGCCAAGGAAAAGGACUGCCAUUUUUAAAAACAGCUUUUAAAAGCAGCUUCGUAGACGAAUGUGGGCCAGGGUUUCUCUUUUAUGGCAUUGCUGACAUUGAAUGGUUUGAGGGGUUACUCCAGGAAGAACCUUAAUGUUUAAAAGAGAGCUGAAUGAAGCUUUUCCUGAGGUUCUGCUAUGUGUUACUUUGUUCAAACCUCAGAAAUGCUCCUUUCGUCACCAUCGUCUGUUUUUUUUUUUUGCAAGGAAAGGAGUUUACAGAGAUGUGUCGAGGUCACCGUGUGUCUCCAGUUUGGCAGAUUGAAAUAAAACUUGGUUUUAACAUUUUGCGAUGGACUCAGCGUGCUUAUCAGAAUGUAGUCUUCAGUGGCAUAGGGUUUCCCUCCUCCUCGGUUGGACCCCCCACGCUCGAGAUUUUCCAGCUCUGGCGUGUAAGAAAAAUGAGCAGAUCAAGAGUCUUAGAUCUUUAGUGUUCUGAAGAAAUGCACAUCCACACCUCCCUUAGAGCGAAGAGGGAUCUGUGCACACUGCUUCCUUGCACGACCUUCUACCGUCUCCACGUCUUCCAGUUUUCUUUCACACAGCUUAGGAUUUCUUUUGUGUGUCCAUUGCCUCAGAAGUUCCUGUUGGAUCCUUUAAGCUUUGUAUCGCAUUUGCUUUUUUUUUUUUUCUUCCCUCCAUUGAAUUUCAUCUCUGUUUCCCCUCUCACCUCUUGAGAUAUUUCUUAGGGCGGCUCAUUCGAAUUUCCAUCUCAAAGGAUGUGGAUCGUUAUUUAAAUCCAAAGACUCUAAAACGUAACUUUGGGUGUUUACCUCCUGCUUUUGGGGUCUGGUUGAGAGGAAACCGUUGUCUUUUUCCUGGGUGAUCUAUACUGUUGGUAUUUUUCAAGCCCCACAUUUCCAGAUUUCAGUUGCAGUAGAUUGUUACACUCUUGAGUCACCUCAUGCAUUACAGAGAACUUCUUUCUUUUGAUGCGAGGGAUCCUCUCUCCCUAGUGGUUUUUGUUCCGAAUUUCAUGUUUUCUGAUAGUAAAAGUACUUUAGUCAGCUUUUUAGUAUUAAUAUUAAUCUGAGGAUCUUCAUCGCUCAGAAAUACCAUUGGGAAAAAGCAUGAGCAGAGUGCCUUUUGAUGCUUUUUUAUAUACAGGAAUGAGAUCAUCUCUGUGCCCGGUGGAUAGCUUCCUCUCUUUUUCCCGUUCAGCUACUUGUACCCUGAAUCCUCAUAAUGUUUUUGAAACUAUAUAUGUACGUAAGUUAUGACCUUGGUCUUUUAAAGUAUUUUAUAGUAGUACUUUCAUGCGAUAAAUUAUUUCUCAAAUGAGCUUUUGGUGGGAAAAUUAUGAGGGAUUAAACUUAUUUUUUGUGAGAGGUGAAAAUGUAUUUCCCAUUGCAAUUUCUUUUCUACAUAAGAUCCUCUGAAACAAGGUGACCAUAUAAAAGUCUGGUGCCUAUUUUGAAACCUCUGUUAGGGGCGCCUGGGGUGGCUCAGUCAGUUAAGCGUCUGGCUUCGGCUCAGGUCAUGAUCUCACAGUUACAAGUUUGAGCCCCGGGUCAGGUUCUGUGCUGACAGCUCAGAGCCUGGAGCCUGCUUUGGAUUCUGUGUCUUCCUCUCUCUCUGCCCCUCCCGUGCUUGCUCUCUCUCUC